GGGAGUUCAGUAUAAAUCGGAUUGUUUUUUUUUUGUUUUUUGGAUUUGGAUCGAGAAUCCGUGGAUCUGAGCGACUCACCGCCCACGAGUAAGAUCCCCGAGUCUAAUUCAACUGAUCAGCUAACCUUCUUCUCCCCUUCUUUCUUCCCCCCCCCCGUCGUCAGACCCGCCUCGAUCUCCUUUCCUGGGGCUUAUCAUCUUGAAUCUCUAUCGCCGGAAAGGAACAUUUCAAGCCACCUCUGCGACGCUCCAAGGAUAUAUACUCUGUCCUCUUUUUAAUCUGUUACUCUUCCCUUGUCGGCACUAUGGUUGUUUACUCCUUCUAUAUCUUCGAUCGUCAUGCUGAAUGCAUCUAUAAUCGGCGCUGGCUGCCACGCCCAACCUCCAUGACAGGCAGCAAAUCAUCACGACCGACUUCCGAGACAUCUGCUCCGGGUCUCCCCGCAACAUUAGGCCAAACUGCGCGCGCCACGGACGACGAUGCCAAGCUCAUCUUCGGUACUGUUUUCUCCCUGCGCAACAUGGUUCGCAAGCUAGGAGGCGAGGACGACAACUUCGUUACCUACCGCACUAGCCAAUACAAGCUCCAUUACUACGAAACGCCGACCAAUAUCAAGUUCGUUAUGCUGACGGACCUCAAGAGUCCAAGCAUGCGCGUUGCUUUGCAGCAGAUCUACAUCAAUCUAUACGUCGAAUACGUGGUCAAGAACCCGUUAUCUCCCACCGAGCAUCCAGGUGGCAUUGGAGUGAACAAUGAGCUCUUUGAAGAGUCUCUGGAACAGUUUGUGACUCGUGUUCUAUCGUGAAACGGACUUGGAUAUAGAUGAACACUCUGUUCGCUCAUGGGUCUGAGUCGAACUGAGCCCCAGGCUUAAUUGUCAAGCCACCACAAACAAGCAUCCAUGUAAUAGCGGAACAGCCCGUCCUGCAUCCCUAUGACAUCAGAGUGCCGUCGUGCGGCAACGGUCCGAUGCGGCGGA